AUGGGUUCUAAGUUGUCUCGCGCGGUACGACCGCAGGUGAAGGCUGUUGCCUCACCGGUCGCGACUGGCCAACAUCACGACAUCGACCAUGUGAACGCGCAAAAAGGUCGCCAAGAGAUCACUCCGCAAUUACCAGGCACUUUCGCCUAUGACGAUAUCAACAUUGCGACUUCUAUCACCACAACUGCCAUUGCGCCAAGACGCAACAGCGCGCCCGCCUUGUCGACUACAUCUGCAGCCUCCGUCGCUAUGGAACAGAUAUACAGGAUCUCUGCUGAACUUCGCCUCGCUCAAGCAGAACGUGACUUGAUGUCCAUCGAGUACGCCAGCACCGAUAUUGAUCCACCGCCCGCAGUCGCCACGGUCCCGCCCUCUCCAGCACCAGCCCCGCCAGCUCCUGUCCAAGAAACGGGAGUUCAGUGUAUCGUAUGCUGCACCCAGCUGCCGAGUUCCAAAGAUCCGAAGCAUGCAAAAGAGGUUAUCAAGCCAUGCAGAGAAUGUGGAAGCGCAUACUGCGGAUCAUGCAUAAAGAGGAUGUUCACGGAAUGUUGCAAAGACACCACUCGCAUGCCUCCGAGGUGUUGCGUACAGAUCCAACCUCAUCACGCAAAGCCGCAUUUGACAAGGGAGGAGUUUGCGGACUUCAGAUCAAAGUACGAGGAGUGGCUCACACCAAAUCCGUUUUACUGUCCGAUGCCAACAUGUUCGGCAUUCAUCCCAGAACGACUUCUCCCAGAGGAAGUAACAAAGAGGAAAGGAAAGCGCGCAGACUCUGGCAUCGGAACACCAACCUCAAAAUCUGUCGCAUGUCCAGCCUGCGAAACGGGUAUCUGCCCUGAUUGCCGUCAAGUCGCUCAUCCGGACAGUCUAUGCAACAUCUCUGAGUUCGGCAUCGAUGCAGAGACGACAGAACUACUGAAGAGCUGGGGCUAUAAGAAGUGUCCAAAGUGUGGACAUGGAUUGAAGCGGAUGUUCGGGUGCAACCAUAUGGAGUGUCGAUGUGGUGCCCAUUUCUGCUACGCCUGUAUGGAAGAUUACAGCAAUUGCAACGGAGGCUGCGGCGAGGAAGAUGAUUACGAUGACGAGUCGUUCGAUGAAGAUGAAGAUGAAGACGAAGAUGUGUCGCCCGAACAACACGACGAUACCAGACUCCUGCCUGACACGAAUGAUGCACCUGACGCUUCUAAUGAAGCGACUCAGCUUCAAGGCACUACUGGAGAAGCAGCAACUGCACUCCCGCAACCAGCCUCUCAACCACGUAACCUUGACGGCGGAGGACACCGCUACUGGCAGAGACAGGAUCUGAACUUCGGCGAGGAACCAACAGAAGACUACCAAGACCGCUCAUGGGACUGCGAACACGGAUUUGAUUCAUGCAAAAUCACCCUUGCCAAAGCGCUGAACAAUGACCCUUCGACCGAGAUGGAAUGUGUGAAAUGCUGGUGUGCGAUACAUCCAGAGAUCAAACCACCUAAUGCGGCGUCAAACACAAACACGAACGUGAGGACUGUACCCGCGGGCGCGACGGGAGCGAAUAGAGGAAUUACACAGGGCAUGGCCGCAGGACGAGGACGAGGACGAGGAUGGGGACGGGGAGCAUAUGUACCCCCACGUGGACUCUUUGAAGCCCAUGGCGCCGUCGGAACAGCACCUCAUCUCCGCCACACCUUGUCCUCUCCGCUGUCUCAAAGCGUGCCAGCACGCGAGCCUUUCCCGAUGGAGGACGUUCAGUAUUCUUCUGAACGAACAGUAGAUACCUAUGGUAACACCAUCGCCACCUCAGAGAUGGGACUCCGGCACCGAGCAUCUGACGAGACGUUUUCCAGCAAGAUCGUCCCAAUGCGGGAUGAUCAGGGCUCAACGCUUCGUGAGUUCCACAGGACACCAUCGACUAUCUUUUCUGAAUCGCCAGCCAAGUUUAGCCUUGCGUACGAAUGCUAUUCUUGUGCCUUGCUUGUCUGCAAGAAGUGCAGAGACGGUAUCUUAGAUGCUCAGAAUGCCGAGAGGCACGUCGAUGAGGAUUAG